AUGAAGUGGGCCAUUGAGGGUGUCUGGAGUGAUGAGGAAAGAGUGUUGAGGACAGAACCCAGCCCAUGUCCAGCUGAGGAGUGGUUGAAGGAAGAUGAGCUGCAGGAGGAUGGGGAAGGGAGGGCCGGAGAAGAAACUUACAAUCAUCUUUUGGAAGUCCCAUUCACUCGGGAGCAAUUAAACCACUAUCGAAAUGUGGCUGAAAAUGCUCGAAGUGAACUUGCAGCAACUUUGGUCAAAUUUGAAUGUGCUCAGUCUGAGCUUCGAGACCUCCAAUCCAAGAUGCUUUCUAAAGAAGUCUCCUGUCACGAGUUGAAAGCUGAAAUGGAGAGCUACAAAGAAAACAAUGCCAGAAAAUCGUCUCUCCUCACCUCUUUGAGAGACAGAGUUCAGGAGCUAGAAGAAGAAUCAGCAGCACUUUCCACUUCUAAAAUCAGAACAGAAAUCACAGCCCACACUGCAAUCAAGGAGAACCAGGAAUUAAAGAAGAAAGUUGGAGAACUAGACGAAAAAUUACAAAAGUGUUCAAAGGAAAAUGAAGAGAGUAAGAAACAAGUCUCAGAGAACUGCAGGAAACAGGAGGAAUUUCUAACGCAACUUUGCGAUUGCUUGGAUCCAGACAAGAAGAAUGAAAAGCUGCCUGAAGAAGAUUUAAUUUUAAAGCUUAGAGAGCUGUGCAAGGAAAAUGAAGUCCUGAAAGGACAAAUUGUUGCUCUUGAAGAGACUAUAAAUGUCCAUGAGAUGGAGGCAAAAGCUAGCAGAGAAACCAUCAUGAGGCUGGCUUCAGAAGUCAACAGAGAGCAGAAAAACGCUGCCGCCUGCACUGCAGAGACAGGCAAGCUGAACGAGGACUUGCUCAGUGCUGUAGAGGCAAAAGAAGCUCUUGAAAGGCAAGUGAAGAUCUUCCAAGAAAGGCUGCUUGCUGGCCAGCGGGUCUGGGAUGCUUCGAAGCAGGAGCUGAGGCUCCAGCAGAAAAGUUCUUUGGAACUGGAGAAGAAUUUGAAGAUCAGUCUGGAUGUGGCUGCAGCGACACAAAGCCAGUUCUCCUCAUUUAAGGAGAAAAUCGCAGCCCUCCUAAGGGGCAGAUUGGGCACGACUGGGGUCACAGAAGACACCAUUUUGGAGAGGAUUCGAGAAAUGGGCAGCCAGGAAGAAAGCAGGAAAAAGAUGGUCUCCCAGCUUGAAGCCCAAAUAUCUGAGCUUGUUGAACAGUUGGGAAAUGAAACUGGGCUUCACCAGAAAGCUCUACAGAGGGUCCAGAAAGCAGAAACCAAACUGGAGACUCUUCAGUCUCAGCUGACAUACCUGGAGGGAGAGCUGGUUUCUGGAGAUGUUUUGCGAGACUCCAUGAAUGUUGAGAAACAAAAAUAUCUUAAAUUUCUGGAUCAGCUUUCAGAGAAAAUGAAACUGGACCAGAUGGCUGCUGAACUUGGCUUUGACAUGUGUCUGGAUAUAGUUUUAGCUCGCACAGAGCAGCUGGUCCGUCUUGAGAGCAAUGCAGUCAUUGAAAACAAGACUAUCGCCCACAAUUUACAGAGAAAGCUAAAGGCUCAGAAAGAAAGACUGGAGAGCAAAGAGCUGCACAUGAACCUUCUCCGGCAGAAAAUAGCCCAGUUGGAGGAGGAGAAGCAGGUGCGCACGGCCUUGGCCUUGGAGAGGGACGAGGCCCAUCUCACGGUCAGGAAGUUAGAGAAGAAGCUGCAGAGGCUGCAGAAGGAGCUGAGCAUGUGCCGAGAAUCCAACACUGAGCUCAAAGCCAAGCUGGCUGACACCAAUGAGCUUAAGAUUAAAACUUUGGAACAGACCAAAACCAUUGAAGAUCUCAAUAAAUCCAGAGACAAGCUGGAGAAGAUGAAGGAGAAAGCUGAGAAAAAACUAAUGGCUGUCAAGUCAGAACUGGAUACCACAGAGUACAAGGCUAAGGAGGAUAAAGAAAGGUCCAGAAACACGAUAGAAGUGGUAACCAGUGAAGUGAAGACGCUGAAAAAAUCUCUGGAGGAAGCAGAAAAGAGAGAAAAGCAGCUGGUGGACUUCAGGGAGGUAGUUUCUCAGAUGCUGGGCUUGAAUGUGACCAGUCUUGCUCUUCCUGACUAUGAAAUCAUCAAAUGUCUUGAAAGACUGAUCCAUUCACAUCAACAUCACUUUGUCACCUGUGCCUGCCUCAAAGAUGUGAAUACCAGGCAAGAUAGGCACCCACAAGGACGACUAGAACUUCUUCAUUGA